UUAACAGCUGAUCUCUAUUAUAUAGAUUUUUUUUUUUUGUUUGUGUCCAGACUCCAAAGUGUGUGACAGUGUGUGAUCUAGAUAGUAGAUAAUAGCUAUUGCAAUUAUUAUUUAUAAUUUAUUGUUGAUCAUAAAAAUAACAUCAAUAUAUCACAAAUAGUAGAAACAAUCUAAUAAUAACAAUUGUUUUUUUUUUUUUUUUUUCUAUCAAACAAUUUAUUAUCAAGUAUCAAACAAUAAAUAAAAAAAUAGAUAAUAGUGAUGUGUCCAAUACAAUAAGAAGAUUAUAAAAUGCAAAUAAAUAUCAAGCGUGAAUCACAUGAAUGUUUUCAUUUUUAUAGAGUACAAUCACUUGAACUUUGAUCUACAAUGACUAAUAUUUGCAUAAUUUUUGUUAGCCUAUAGCUAUAAUAAAAUUGAGCUAUAAAAAAUUGUUGAUACUUGUGCCAAAUGGAUGUUAUAUACUCUUUAAAUUUUAAAACAAUAGUAUCAUUUUUAAAUGGAGGCUGUUGGUGGAAUACCUGUAGAAUGCUUGACUGCUGGAGAAUUAGCUGGAGUAUGGUCAGGUUGGUCAAGCAUGGGAGACAGAGAAGUUGUACGUGAAUCAUCAGCAAAAGGAACUCAUUUAAAAUUAGCUCAUAAAUUUUUAAUGUACAGAAAACACUGGACACUUCAAGAAACACAAAAUUUUUUUUAUUCUGAAGUUGAAAUAUGGAUAAAUGAAUUACUUAAAAAACGUACAAUUCAUAGAGCAUCACAUAUUAUUAAAAAUGUAGGCAAAGAACCAAUUGAAUAUAUAAAAAAUAUUUGUAUUAAAUGUACAGAUUCCUAGCUAAACAUGUAAUGGACAACAAAGGUUUUAAUGAUGAUGAAAUUGAAGCAUGGACAAUUAUUAAUUGUAUUAAUAAACAUGAUGAUUGUGUUGAUUCAUCAAAAAAUAUCAUAGAUAAAAAACCAAUUGAUAAUAUAUCAAUUAAUGAAAUGAUGAAUCUUCAGCCAAUUGUCAAAUCAUCACUUGUUACAGAAAUUUAUUUUCGUACAAAUGAAUCUUGUCUUGUUAAAAUGCUUGAUGCUAAUUCUGUUUGGGAUUAUCUUUUAACUGAAGACAAUAUUGAUUUAUUAAUAAAUUGGAUUGAUAAAAAAUACAAUGAAGUUGAUAUUGAUGAGAAAGAAAAUAUAUUUAAUCACCUGGAAAUUGAUGAAGAAAUGUUGGAUAAUAUUGAACAAUCUAGUGCUUCAUUUCCUACCAAAGAAUUAUUGCUCAAUCAUCUAUCAAAAUAUGGUGUAUUUACAAAAAAAGAACGUCAAGAUGUUAAAGCCAUGUUAGCUAGAUUUUUCAGUGCUGAAAUAACAUUUAAUAAAAUUAAUAAUAUUUUAACAAAUAAAUUGACAAAUGUUGAUAGAGAAUAUUUUGAAAAAAAUAUUCAUUCAAUAUUAUAUUAUCAAAAUAGAGAUAACAUUGAUGAUAAUUUGUAUUCUAAUGAUCAAGAUUUAUUGAAUAAUUUAAAUCAAAUUAGUGAGGCUGAAUCAUUUGAUAUGAAUUUAUUGAGUCGUUGUAUUUGUCAAACAAUUUGUAAAAUAACUGAUGAACAAGAUGUGUAUUUUGAAACUCAUCCAUUAAUAACAUUUUAUCUUAUUUUAUUAAAAUAUAAAUCACAAGAAUCUGAAGAUAAUAAAAUUAGCCUUUAUGAUAUGAUAAAUAAUGAUAAUGGUAUUGUGAUAGAUAAUGUAUUAUUAUCUCGUAAUAUUAUUAUAAAAAUAAUAGAUAAAAUAGUUUAUGUUAAAGAUGCAAUUAAAGAUGAUAAUAAAAAAAAUGAUAUAACAAUUUAUCAAUUAUUAAAUGGCUAUAAAAAUAUUGAUACACAAAAAUUAUUUAAAUGGAGAAUUAAAAAUGAAACAAUACCAAAUUUUGCAAAUGAUAAUUUAAUUAAAAAAUAUGGACGAAAUGAAAAAUUAACAUAUAAAUAUUAUUUAAAAGAAUCACGACCAAGUAUGGCUGCGUAUAUUGUACAAAAACAAAUUAAUUUAUCAUCAAAAAUUAAAUCACAAUUUGCAUUUCAAGCACAUAUAUUUGGUCUUGAUCAUGUCAAUGAGCCAGAUAUUAUCAGUACAUGUAUUGCGUUUAUCGAAUUUUUAGGAAUUGAUUCUGAAUAUUUGAGACUUCAUACAACUGUUGCAAAUUAUAUUAAAAAAAUAUUAAAUAUUUCAAUAAAUGACCUUCUCAAAUCAAUAACAUAUCAGAAUUCAAAAGAUUUGAUAACUGUUUUGACGUAUUUAGAAGAAAGUUUUGAAAUUGAAUAUAAAACAACAUCAAUGAAUAAUAUUGAAAAAUUUAUUUUAUCAUUACAUUCAUGGAGUUUAAUUGUACAAUUUUCAAGAGCACAUAAUACUGAAUUAUCAUCUUGGUUUUUAAAACAACUUGCUAUUAAUAAUUAUUGGUUUGAAUUUAUUCUUGUUGUACAUAUUUUUCAUUAUCCAUUAGAACAGAUACUUGAAAAUACAGUAAAUUUUAAUGAUCCCAAUAUACGUGAACAUUUAUUAAAAUGUUUAAAUAAUUAUCAUCUAGUUGAACAUAAACCAGUAUAUAAUUUACAACGUACUAAACAACGUGAAGGAAAAAAUUAUAUUUAUCAAAAAAUGAGCUCAAAAGAAUCACCAAGUCCAACAAUAAAUCAAGAAAUGAAACAAUUACAUGGCCUAUUACAAAAUGAUUUAUCAUGUUUAUUAAAUCAAAGAAAUUCAUCUGUCAAACAAGAUUUAUGGUUGGUUAUUUUAGAGAGCCAUCAGAGUCAAGAUCCACCAGGUGCAUUGAUAAAAGCAUCAUGUGAAUUAAAAUCACCAGUUCUUGUUGUACUUGCUGCUUGUUAUGAGCCAUCAUCAAUUGCAGUUUAUUGUUAUUCAUGGCUUGUAAUAUCAGUUGAUGAUGAUGAAUUUAUAUCAAGCUAUGCUGAUUGUUUGACUGAUCAAAUAUGGUCAGCUCGUAAAAUAUCUGAAUUAUUUAAAUCAAUGGUUUCAUUGGGAUAUCUUGAUACUCUUAAUCGUGGUCUUGAAAUUUUUUUACCAGAUAAUCCAUUAUGUUCAUUUACAAAAUUUAUCAAUGAAUGCAUUAAAAAUGGACAAUUUAAAAGUAAUAAAAAAUAUUUAUGUGAGUUUUUAAAUAUUUGUUCAAAUUUAAAAAGUAAUAAAAUGAUCGAUUGGGAUGAUGUAGAUACAACUUAUCUUACAAAUGAAUUUUGGAUUGGUACUGUUGCUAUUGAAUUAGUUUUAAUUUGUCUUGGAACAUGUUUCAAUAGUAUUCAUUUACAAAAAAAAUUUUUAAAUAUACUUGUUGAUGAUAAUUUUAAUGAUGAAUUAAAUAUAAAUGAGCCAGAUUUUUGUUCUUUAUUACAAAUAAUAACAAGUUUAUCAAAAACAACAACAAAAAUUAAUUUUAUAAAAAUUAAAUUAACAGAAAAUGGCACAAAUGUUAAUGAAGAAAUUGAAAGAUGUAUUGAAGAACUUGUUGUUAAAGAAAAUUUUAGUAAUGCAUUAGAAUUAUCUAAAAUAGCAAAUCUUCCAUGCUCAAAAAUAAUAUUAAAUCAAUAUCGUAGUGAAUUUAAAAAAAAUAUUAAUGACAAACAAUUUAAAUUAAAUGAUAAUUUUUGGAAAAAAUGUGCAGAUGAUAUUAAAAAAUACGAUGUUGGUUUUGAUGAUACUGCAAAAUUUUUUAUUGAACAUGCUGAAUUAGUUGAAUCAUACAAAGAAAGAUAUGAAAUACUUGAAUUGGCAUUAAAAACAUUAAAGACACUUUCAACUGAUCAACAAACAAUUGACAUGGUUGAAAUGAUUAUGUGGAAAUCUUGUAUACUUGCUGGUCCAGAAUCAAUUGUCAUACAAAAUGAUAAUCAACAAUUUAAUAAAUUAAAAUGUGAAUUAUUAUCAGGUAUAAGUAAUUUACGUGUUAGUUGUUCAUUGAAUGAUAAAAUUGAAGAACAAUCUGUUGAAAAACUUAUAAAUAAAUUUAUUGAUAUUGAAGAUUUAAAAACAGCACUAAGAAUAAGUGCUAUAUUUAAUUAUAAACACAAAGAUUUACUUAAAUUAAUGCUGUGUUUGAGUUUAGCUGAAGGAGAAAUUUCACCUUAUCAAAUGAAUGUACAACAAAAAGCUUUACUUGCUGAGUCUGAUGAUAUUAAACAACAAAAAUAUCCAACAUUAAAAAAUCGAGGAUUACAAAAAAGACUAUCAACAUCAUCAUUAAAUAUUUCAUCAGAUUCAAUUGAUACAUCAAGCUCAAGUAGUCCUUUGAUGCAACAAAAAUAUAUUGAUUGUACAUUGGUUCUUGAAAAGCUAAUUAAAAGUCUUCAACAUGGUAUAAAUGUGGGAAAUAAAAUAUUAUUAUUGCACAAAUUAUCUGGUAGUUUAAAAAGAAGUUAUAAAAUUUUAUUGUUAUCAACAGAUCCAAUGAUAAUGCUAUAUGAAAUAACAGCAAUAAAUUGUGAUAAAAAAUUUGAAUUAAUAAAUGAUGUUAUUGCUGCAUAUAAAAUUAAAAAUACUGAAGUUACAAAAUUUCUUGCUGGUGAAAUUAAUUUACAUAUUACACGUCAAAUUGAAGAUGGACAAGAAGAUUUAAUGCUCAUGUGGGGUUAUCCAAUUGAUGGAUGCUUAAAACGAAUUGCUGAUUUAUGCAGUGAUAUAUCUUUACUUGGAUGGGAAUUAAUUAAAAAUGCAAGCUCAAGACUUGGUCAUUCACAUGGAACAAAACUUGAUAUAUCUGCUUUAAAAAUAAUUGUUGAACUUCUUGUGACAUCUCAUAAUUAUUUUACAGCAUCAUGUAGCAUGGAAGGUAUUGCAUCUGUUCUAAAAAAAUGUCAACAACUGGCAAAUACAUUACAACGUUUAAAACUUUGGAGUUUACUUGUUAGACUUGUUACUGGUGUUGGUAGAUUUACUGAAAUGAAUUAUGUAUUUCAAAUAAUUAAAGAAAAUGAUCAAUUUGAAUUUUUACUUGGUCAAGGAAUGGAUAAAAUAAGUGGAUUAAAAAUUGCACUUUUAGAAUUUUGUAAAAAACAAUGUCCAAAUGAUAAAGAACUAUUUACACUUGUUGCAUUACAUUUUCGUCUUUAUAAUGAAAUUGCAAUAAUGUGGGAAACAGCAGCAAAAAUUAUUAUUCGUGAAUUAAUAAAAGAUACGAGAAAAAAUACUCAAAAAUCACCAACAUUAUCACAAAGUACAAUAAAAUUUAUUAAAAAUGAUGAUACAGAAAAAAAAUUACAGCUUGCAAUUGCAAAUUUUACACAUGCAACUGAAUAUUAUCUACAAGAUAAUAAAUUAAAUUUGGCAAAUAAAUGUUCACAUCAAGCUCAAUUAGUUGCAUUACAAAUAUCACUGUUAAAUGGUACUGCACCAAAUCAACAAGUGCCAUGUCUACUUAAUUUAAGUGUUGAUGAAGUCAACAGAGCACUGUGUCAAAUUUUAAAUUUUUCACAAUCAUUAAUUAUCAUUCAAGCUUAUAAUCACAGUGCUGAUUGGUCAAGUAGUAUUUAUCAUCAAUUUAUUAUCAAUGGAAAAACAAAAUACCUUAAAGAUUUUUUAAUUUCUAAAAAACUUACAACUGCAAUUGUACAAGAUUGCACUUAUCGAUAUAGAACUGAAAAAAAUAUAUCCAAACAAAUGACAACAAAUAUGAAAAAUUUAAUUAAUGAAUUAAAUGAUGUCGAGUGUAAAUAUGUAUUAGCAAGUCAAUUGGGUUUUAAAGAUAUUAUUGAGGUCAUAUUGUCAAAUCCAACAACUGGCUCAUAUUUAAAAGACACUGUAUGGAAGCAAGGCUUUAAAUCUCAGGAAUUUAUUGGUGAAACAUUUCGUGGCUGAAAUAUUAUUAUUGUUUUAUAUUUUAUUUUAUAUAUCGCGAAAAAAUAUAUAGUUAUUGAAUAUCUAUUAAUAUUAUAAAAUUACAAGAAUAUUUAAUUAUUGAAUAAUUAUUAUUUCAAGUCAAAAUAAGCUUUAUUUUAUUUAUUUGUAAACAAAAAAUUAUUAAAGUCAGCAAAUUAACUUAUUUAUAUUAAAACAUUAUUUUAUGUACAACCAUUAAAAAUUUUUUUUAAGUACAAAAAAAAAAAUAAUAAUAUCAACAAGAUGAAAAUGAUUAAAAACUCGAUAAUUAUAUUGUAUAUAAAAAUAUAUAUCGGUUAGUUAAUUUGACAAUUACAUUAACAUUUAAAAAUAUAGAUAUUUAUCUCGAAAAAAAAAUCUGUAAAAACUCAACAAAAACAAUAAUGUUUGUUAGUUAAAUUAAAAAUAAAAUAAUAUCGUAUAUAUUUUUUAAAAUGUAUAUAAAUAUAGUUGUUUAAAUUCAAUAUAAUAAUUUUUUAUAAAUUGGUACAUGAAAAUAAAAAUGUGAAGAAGCUCGAUUAAAUAAAA